CCACACCCCCAUGGCCGCUGUUGUCCUUUCAGCAUCUCUGCCCGUAUCUUCAUCCAUUCCCGAACUUUCUGCCCCCUCCGAGUCCUCCCCUUAUUCAUACUCUCCGCCCAUCCCGAGCGAGUGGCCUCCCCCUAUAUCUUUCAUCUCUUGCCUCCUGCUACCAUCUCCCUUUUCUGCAACAGUCUGCUUCACUUUGUGUGCACGCUGCAUCAUGACGCAUGUGGGCUGCAUCUGGGGUCUCUUCUUGUUCCUGUCUCUGAGUUUAGGAUGGACGAUGGCUCAGCAGACCAACAACACCAGGCCUGUGUUCUACUGUGGAGGAGACCUGGUCUCAGACUCAGGCUUUGUUGGCAGUGAGGGGUUCCCAAGCUUCUACAAACCCAACAGCAAAUGUACCUGGCGUAUCACUGUCCCAGAGGGAAAUGUGGUCAUGCUCUCUUUCCGCAUUUUUGACCUGGAGGCUGACUCACAGUGCCGCUAUGACUAUCUGGAUGUUUACAACGGCCAUUCCAACUUGGUGCAAAAACUAGGCCGCUUUUGUGGAACAUUCCGGCCUGGCGCUCUUAUUUCUACCACAAACACCAUGAUGCUAGAGAUGGGGUCUGAUGCAGAGACGCAGGGUAGAGGGUUUGUGGCCUAUUUCAGUGGAGCCAAACCAUACGUAGACGACCAGGAGUUCUGUGGGGGGAAGAUGACAAAAGCCCAGGGAGAGAUCAUGACGCCCAACUGGCCUGACAAGAAAUACCCUGCAGGAACCAGCUGCUCCUGGCUUAUCACUGUGGAGCCUGAUAUGGUAAUCCAGGUGAAGUUUGAUAAGUUCGUCUUGGAGGCUGACACCUAUUGUCGGUUUGACUAUGUGGCAUUCUUUAACGGUGGAGAGAAAGAUGAUUCAAGGCUGAUUGGAAGAUAUUGUGGCGAUCAGGCCCCACAGCCCAUCAUUACUAGCGGCAACGUGCUACUGGUCCAAUUCGUGUCGGAUCUCAGUGUGACAUCUGAUGGAUUCCUCGCCCACUAUACCAGCGUCCCACCUGGUUCUCAGAUACCAACAUUGGACUCAGGAGCCAGUACGAGGUCCAUCCCCCCAAAACCUGCAGUCAAACCAGCUGAAUCUAAACCUCCUGCUGUCACCACACAGCCACCCGUCCCCACCGCCAAAUAUGUGCCACCUGAGAUACCCAAACCAGUCAAACCCACGAGAGGCCAGGGACAGGCCACCACAGGCAGGAGGGUUCCCAUCCCAAGACCAAAUGGAAAGAGGCCUGUUCCUCAAAAUCCUCUGUGUGCCAAAGCCUGUAAAAGAGAUGGAACCAUCAAGACCAGUUUCUGUGCAAGUGAAUUUGUGAUAACCGGGAAGGUGAACUCUCUGGCCCCCGGGCCCCGAGGCACUCUUUUUGUUAGCAUCUCCCUCAUUAAGGCCUACAAGGCAGGUCGCCUAACAAUCACACAAGUCGGAGAGACCAUGUCAGUUAAGCUGGUGUCACAGUGCAAGAAGUGCCCGUUACUCCGAAGAGGUGCCAACUACAUUAUCAUGGGUCAAGUGAAUGAAGCUGGACGUGGUACCCUGGAACCUGGUGCAUUUACAGCUCCAUACAAAGCACCCCAUGACAAAUUAUUAAUGAAUAUCAACAACCAACCAUGUUAACGUCACACUUCUGUUUAGGCCAGGAAAUUCAGAUGACAUAUCAAACACAUAAAUCCAGAUAUUACAAUGUGAAAUACAGAUCUAUUAAAGCAACAUUACAGUAAAAGAUAUAGUUUUAUCCACCAUUUUAAAGAAUACAAAUACUUUUAUUCAAACACCUGCCGAACCUAACAUUUGUAAUUUAUAUAUGAAUAAAGGUUUUAUAUCUCUUUCAAA